GUUAUUCUGGUAUCUGCCAAUAAGCUCACACGCUACAUCGAGCCCUGUCAGCUUACUGAUGAGUUUGGGGGAAGUCUGGUGUACGAUCACAUAGACUGGGUGAACAAAAGACUGGUAAGCCGCCAUUGCAAUACAUCCCCACUGUGACUGUGUACAAUUACUGUUUAAAGCACCACAUUUUAUUUGGAAGUGAUUUGCAACCUGAGACUACUAAAAUGAUAUAAUGGCUUUCGAUUAGAUCAAAGACGUUUUUGAUUUGACAUAUUACUUGCUUAUAAAGUUAAUGUACAUAUUACCAAUGUUUACAUUAACACCAUGACAAUACAAACAAAUGCAAACAAAUACCACCAAAUUGGUUGUGUGGCAAUAAAGUAUAUUAUAUCUUGUAUGUCAAAAUCAGCCUCAUAGUUUCAGGAAGGCAAGUUCAAGUUGAGUUCAUCUCUGCCUGUGUCCAUAUUUGUAUUAUGUUUUGAAUGACACACAAUUUACAAAUGUGUUUUCCUUCUCAGGUCUUUGAAAAGUUUACCAAGGAGUCCACAUCCCUUCUAGAUGAGCUGGUGGUCAUCAAUGACAGUGAGAAAAGCAGCCAGUUAGACAAAGAAAGGUAUUUAUUUCCCAACAUGUUGCCCAAUGAUUGAGGCAAAUUAUUGUGGAAUUGUUUGUGGCAUUGGAAUUGCAACACAUUAUAUUGUUUAUGACAUGUUUAUUUAGGCCAGUAAAGACAUUGCUUACUUAUCUUUCUCCCAGGCCACCAGAUUGUAACUUCCUACCAUCUUUGGAUCCUGAAACAGUUCUACAAACUGGUAAUUAUUCUACUUUUGUAAAAUCUUUAUGCAAACUUCUGAAUACCAGUAGCCAAGCAAGUAGUGCUGUGUGGUUCUAAACCAGUUUGGGCUCUGUUAAGUUUAAUGGGACGGGAUGCAGGGAUGAUUUGAAGCUAGAAUGUUAACCACCAUGGUUAGCAGUGCACGCCGCCAGCAGAGAACACUUUUUCCACUCGGCUAAACCCUUCAGUAAACUGACUCCUAGGCUACGUCCCAAAUGGUACUCUAUUCCCUAUGGGCCCUGUUGAAAAGUCCUUCGAUAUACGGUGGAAUUUGGGACAUAGACCCAGUCGUUUUAUUUGCAGGCCUAGUGGCGAGUAGUGCGUUACUUGAACAGUUUUACUACAAUGAAAGUAUUUACACAGACAGCUCUGGUAGAGAGCGGGAGGCCAGAGCAGAGCUGGGGUACGUCUCAAAUGGCACCUUAUUCCCUUUAUAGUGCACUACUUUUGACCAGGGCCCAUAGGUGCACUAUAAAGGGAGUAAGGUGCCAUAUGGAACACAGCCCUGGAAGGCCAGCACAUAGCAGAGCUGGCCCAAUAAAAGCCCUGGAAGGCCAGCACAUAGCAGAGCUGGCCCAAUAAAAGCCCUGGAAGGCCAGCACAUAGCAGAGCUGGCCCAAUAAAAGGAGCUUUUUCUGGGGGUUGUGGAAUGGACGGUCAGCUCAACGCGUCUCUGGUACUGUGCUUCCCACAGAAGAACUCACUCUGGUUAAGUCCUAACUGGCACCCUAUUCCCUACAUUGUGCACUACUUUUGACCAGAAGCCUACGGGCCCUUGUCAAAAGUUGUGCAUGAUAUAGAGAAUAGGGUGCAAUUUGGGACGCUUUCUCUGUCUGACGGCUACACAACCCCUGAUGUUCUCUUUCUCUCUCUCUCUCUCUGAGCAAAUGCCAAGCGUGCACAGUCUUUCUCUCUCGCUUUCUCUUUCUGUCUCUGUCUUUCUCUCUCUCUCUCUCUCUCUCUCUCUCUCUCUCUCUCUCUCUCUCUCUGUCUCUGUCUCUGUCUCUGUCUCUCUCUUUCUCUCUCUCUCUCUCUCUUUCUCUCUCUCUAUCUCUGAGGGAAUGCCAUGCAUAAUGAAUACAGAGAGGGCUUGGGCUGCCGUGCCAGUGUUGUUUGUGUUGUUGUGUAGUUGUGUUGUUACAGCCACAACAGGGAGGCUAGGGGAUGCAGCAUGAGAUGGAAUAAGAGCAUGUAUAUGAUAUGAGAAGAAUUCUCUGUCCUAUUUGUUGUGUGCUGUUGUCAAGGAAUGGACUUGGAAGGCUUUCCGGUGUAAUAUUUCACUGUUUGUGUUUAAAGAGGUUGGGAUGUUGUUGAUGUUGGUAUUAUGAAUAAAUUAAUAGCGAUCUUUCCCCCUGAAGUACUCCUCAAUGCACAUCUGAUAUCUUUUGUAACUUAAUGGAUGACAAAUAGGAAUUUGCUGCUUAUCGUCAACAUGGUACACCCUCCUAUCUCUCUGUCUCUCUCCAAUGUUUCCCAUAUAUGCAUUUCGCAGCGCCACAAAAAAAUACAAAUUAAUAAAAUAAAAUAAAGAUUGGAAAAAAGACAUUGGGAUAGUAAACUUAAACGACUAAAACCAGAUACAAAGUAUGUAGAAAAGAUAAUGGAGCUACAGUGGGGAGAACAAGUAUUUGAUACACUGCCGAUUUUGCAGGUUUUCCUACUUACAAAGCAUGUAGAGGUCUGUAAUUUUUAUCAUAGGUACACUUCAACUGUGAGAGACGGAAUCUAAAACAAAAAUCCAGAAAAUCACAUUGUAUGAUUUUUAAGUAAUUAGUUUGCAUUUUAUUGCAUGACAUAAGUAUUUGAUACAUCAGAAAAGCAGAACUUAAUAUUUGGUACAGAAACCUUUGUUUGCAAUUACAGAGAUCAUACGUUUCCUGUAGGUCUUGACCAGGUUUGCACACACUGCAGCAGGGAUUUUGGCCCACUCCUCCAUACAGACCUUCUCCAGAUCCUUCAGGUUUCGGGGCUGUCGCUGGGCAAUACGGACUUUCAGCUCCCUCCAAAGAUUUUCUAUUGGGUUCAGGUCUGGAGACUGGCUAGGCCACUCCAGGACCUUGAGAUGCUUCUUACGGAGCCACUCCUUAGUUACCCUGGCUGUGUGUUUCGGGUCAUUGUCAUGCUGGAAGACCCAGCCACGACCCAUCUUCAAUGCUCUUACUGAGGGAAGGAGGUUGUUGGCCAAGAUCUCGCGAUACAUGGCCCCAUCCAUCCUCCCCUCAAUACGGUGCAGUCGUCCUGUCCACUUUGCAGAAAAGCAUCCCCAAAGAAUGAUGUUUCCACCUCCAUGCUUCACGGUUGGGAUGGUGUUCUUGGGGUUGUACUCAUCCUUCUUCCUCCAAACACGGCGAGUGGAGUUUAGACCAAAAAGCUCUAUUUUUGUCUCAUCAGACCACAUGACCUUCUCCCAUUCCUCCUCUGGAUCAUCCAGAUGGUCAUUGGCAAACUUCAGACGGGCCUGGACAUGCGCUGGCUUGAGCAGGGGGACCUUGCGUGCGCUGCAGGAUUUUAAUCCAUGACGGCGUAGUGUGUUACUAAUGGUUUUCUUUGAGACUGUGGUCCCAGCUCUCUUCAGGUCAUUGACCAGGUCCUGCCGUGUAGUUCUGGGCUGAUCCCUCACCUUCCUCAUGAUCAUUGAUGCUCCACGAGGUGAGAUCUUGCAUGGAGCCCCAGACCGAGGGUGAUUGACCGUCAUCUUGAACUUCUUCCAUUUUCUAAUAAUUGCGCCAACAGUUGUUCCCUUCUCACCAAGCUGCUUGCCUAUUGUCCUGUAGCCCAUCCCAGCCUUGUGCAGGUCUACAAUUUUAUCCCUGAUGUCCUUACACAGCUCUCUGGUCUUGGCCAUUGUGGAGAGGUUGGUGUCUGUUUGAUUGAGUGUGUGGACAAGUGUCUUUUAACAGGUAACGAGUUCAAACAGGUGCAGUUAAUACAGGUAAUGAGUGGAGAACAGGAGGGCUUCUUAAAGAAAAACUAACAGGUCUGUGAGAGCCGGAAUUCUUAAUGGUUGGUAGGUGAUCAAAUACUUAUGUCAUGCAAUAAAAUGCAAAUUAAUUACUGAAAAAUAAUACAAUGUGAUUUUCUGGAUUUUUGUUUUAGAUUCCGUCUCUCACAGUUGAAGUGUACCUAUGAUAAAAAUUACAGACCUCUACAUGCUUUGUAAGUAGGAAAACCUGCAAAAUCGGCAGUGUAUCAAAUACUUGUUCUCCCCACUGUAUAUAUUUUUUAAUAAGAUCAUCUUUGAGUCUAAAAUUCUAAAAAUGUCAUGUCAUGGGGCCCCGAUUGAUUUUGUGAUAAUGUUUGAGUCACUUCGAUAGCAUAAGAACAAGGCAUAAGCCAUGGCAAAAUGUGUAGAAUUGCAGGAAAUUCACUUUGAAACUUCAUUUUUUUCUCUCAGACCCAUGACAAAAUAUGUAGAAUUGAAGGAAACUAGCUUUAAAACAUUAAAAUGUUCUCUCUGCCCCAUGGCAAAAUGUGUAGAAUUGCAGCAACAUAUUGUCUCUGUGGCCAAGAGGAGGGCCUCUAACUUGUUUUGCCAUUGGCCACGACCCCCCCCCCCCCCCCCCCUACUUCCUCCCGCUCUCUCUCUCUCAUUCAUUAUCUCUCCCCUCCUGUCACUACUAUUCCCCCUCUGAUCAUCCGCAUCGCCUCUCUCCCCUCCAGGCCAUGAGUUGCUGUCGGAGCUGCAGCAGCGGAGGUUUAAUGGGGCAGAGGGAGGUGGUGUGGCCUGGUCCCCCAUGGAUGAUGAGCUACUGGCCCAGCCACAGGUACAAUAGAAUAGAAUAACUUUAUAUUUCCCAGAGGUGUAAAAUACUCAUCCAUGGGGGACAGAUAAGAUGUAAAAAGUCAGAUAAGAUGUAAAAAAUAUAUAGUAAACAUAUAACAGCAAAAUUCACACAUAACAUACAAAUACAAUAUAUACAAAGACUAUAUACAAUAUAUACAAGAUAACAAAAUAAAUGUUAUAUUAUUUCAGGUCAUGAAGCUGCUGGACUCCCUCAGGGAACAGUACACCAAGUACCAGGAGGUGUGUCGCCAACGCAGCAAACGAUCCCAGCUGGAGGAUAUACAGACCAAGGUCAUGCAGGUACUGCACACACACUGCCCUAUGAUAUCACAUACACACAUAGGCACACACAGACAUGCGCACACACACACACAGCUCACAAACUGCACACAAACACUAUGACAUCGUCAACACCAGCCCACUGACAAACCUACACACACUGCCCUAAUGGAUCCAAAACACCAGCAAAGUGAAAGACUGAGGCCAGGAUUCAACAAACGGAUAUUUCAGACAUCGCACUGCCUUGACUUUGGCCCAAUGCCAUCAACAACAGCAGCCUAGUGACCAGACUGAGAGAGACAAGUGUCGAAUAGAGCUGCUCUUUUUUCCAUUGUCUUUUGCACUUUGUUUCAGAGAGGUUUACAAGCUACACACACCCACAGGAUUUCAUGAGGAUCAGUUCAACAGACAUCCAGAGAAAGGCCCAGUGGUUGUAAUGCUCAGGGACUAGGGAAUGUGAUGCUUCAGUGGAACUUAUUUUUCAAUUUCAAUUUCUCACCUUCUUCAGUUUAUUUAAAGCCAGACCCUGGUGAUAAAUUGUCUGACUGUCCCUGUAACCGACUCAUAUCAAAACCUUUUCGGUUAGGCCUUCUCGUUCCAAAGUCAGCGUUACAUACCACUGGAUGGAAAAGCUAACUUCCGACAGACUGUUUACUUCGAGUCUCUGGCAGGGUUACUCAUCAGUCAGCACACAUGGCUACAAACACACACACACACACGGCUACACACACACGGCUACACACACACACACACACACACACACACACACACACACACACACACACACAUCCUCAGCACACAUGGCCUUCAUCCCAGCACACUUCCUCCUUGGCACUACCUAAUUUCCUGUCUGUAACCAUGAAGAGAAAACGCCUUUUCUCCCAUUGGCCAAUAGAUUGAACUCUACUUUAGCGUCUAAAACAGUGGUUCUUAACCUAUUUUGGUCACUGAACCCCUAAUCACAUAUUGCUCUGCCAGAAGUACCCUCUCAUUUGCAACUGACCAUUAGGCCUAUGUUCUUAUGAGUCUUCCCAAUGUAGGCUACCCCCUGUGGAUAGGCCUGGUACCCUCAGGGCUACAAGUACCCCAGGUUGAGAACCAUUUUGAAUGUUUUACAGUGCAAAGCAGUCGAUAUUGGAUGAUAAAACUACCAAUGAGGAAGUGAACAGAUGAUGAGAUGUGUUCCAUGGAAUGGACGGAUUCUAUUUUAGAUUUUACAGAUUCUAGAUUCUAAGGGAAUGAGCUGUCUGUUGCUAUGGUGAUAAAGAUGUUGUUCAGUAGACAGUAGUCUAGGAACAUACAGAGAAGCAACUGCUAGAUGCGUCAUAAUAGCCCAGAAGUAAAGCCACACUGGGAGCCAAAUUUGAAAUGGAAUACAUUGAAUACAUGGAGCAGGGUGAAACAAAACACAAUUUCAAUGUAUUUUUGUAAGGACUGUGGUCACCAUUCAAUUAAUACAUUAAAUAUAUAGAUGUCAUGGUAGUGGGGAGCUAUUUUAUAUUUUUUUCAUGGGUCAAUUAUUUUCCCAUUUACAUCUUAUAGCCACCAGUGGAGGCUCCUCAGAGGAAGAAGAGGAGGACCAUCCUCCUCGGUGAAUUUCAUAAAAAUAUAAAUAGUGAAACAUAUAAAACGUUAUCCUUUUUAGAUAAAACUAUACUAAAUAUAUUCAGGUCACUAAAUAAUUUAUUAAAACACACUGUUUUGUAAUGAAGGUAGACUCAUGGUGUAGCCAGAGGACAGCUAGCUUCUGUCCUCCUCUGGGUACAUUGACUUCAAUACAAAACCUUGGAGGCUCAUGGUUCUCACCCCCUUCCAUAGACUUACACAGUAAUUAUGACAGCUUCCGGAGGACAUCCUCCAACCUCUUAGAGCUCUUGCAGCAUGAACUGACACGUUGUCCACCCAAUCAAAGGAUCAGAGAAUGAAUCUGGUACUGAAAGCAUAAGCUAGAGCUAGCUAGCACUUCAUAAAAUAUGGUGAGUAGUUGACUCAAAGAGAGAGAAAGACAAUAGUUGAACAGUUUUUGAACAAAUUCAUUUAUUCCAAAAUUAAGAAGAAGCAAGAGAAAGAGCUAUAUUUGGUUGUAUUUUUUUUCACUUUCACUUAGCUAGCAAUUGCAGCUAGCUAGUUUAGCCUACUCAAACACCCGGCUCAAACAGAGAGAGAUGCUAGCUGGCUAUGGCUAUCCAACACUGGAACUCUUCCAAGUCAAGGUAAGCUUUAGGUUUUUAUUAAUUUAUUGCCCUCCAGGGCCCGCCAGUGUAACUACUAAACUGCUUUCUGACUGUACACUGUAUUGCAUGAUUUUAGCGGGUUUACUAACGCGUUAGUUCUAGUAAUAAUAAUAAUAAUAAUUAGUCAUUUAGCAGACGCUCUUAUCCAGAGCGACUUACAGGAGCAAUUAGGGUUAAGUGCCUUGCUCAAGGGCACAUCGACAGAUUUUUCACCUAGUCGGCUCGGGGAGUUCUAGUUGAUUAUGACAUGACAGCGAUGUAGGCUGUGUGUAGCAGUUAGAGGUCAUGAUAUGAAGGUUUGGCUUGGAAAGGUUUUUUAGCCUGGUCACAGACAGCUGAUGUGUUGUGCACUGAAGUCCACAAGUGAAAAGGUGAGAGGUGGAGAGCGCGUAUAUAGUUGCGAGAAAUAACUAUAUAUACAACGAGCAAAGUGAUCAUGCUGUUUUUAUGUGGCUGUUAUGAAAGUGAACUGUUUGCGUGUGAUCAGGGGUGUAUUCAUUCUGCCGAUUCUGUUGAAAAACGUUUCUUAAACGGAAGCAAACGGAAUGAAACGGGGAUAAACAUAGCUGAAUUUGUCCAAUAGAAACUCUAAUUUGCAACUGUUGGACUAAUGAUUACACCCUAGAUCAGGAUUUCCCAAACUAGGUCCUGGGGCCCCUCAUAACGCUGCCUUUUGGGUGCGAUGUUGUUAGACUACAUAUCGUUGUUUCCUCUUCAGAGGACACUGGUGCACAAGUGAUAUAUUGUUUCAUUUCGCUUGACUGUGAGAACCACAAGUUCUUUCAAGUUUUGCACUGUAUGGUCUGAAGGUUUGUAUAAAACAUUUCUUAUAGGCCUACUACUAUAGACCUACUAUUUAAAAAAUCACGGCAUCUAAACUGAUUGGAUCCCCCUCACCUACUGAAUGAAUGCACUAUAAAGCGCAAAGCCCGCCUCAUGAUCUCCAGCCCAGACCACCCACUUCACCACUGAUUUGAUCUCCAAUCAGGUCGGAGAAAUCAGACAAUUAAAUGGCGUGCACUGUACGCUUCAGGAGGAGUUUCAUCCCAGGGGCUAUCACUAUUAUGAACAACUCCCCAUAUGGGCAGGUGUGGGGUGGGAUGGGAGGGUAGGACAGGUAUUUGUAUGACUGUUCUUAUUGUUUGUUUCCUGCUUUGUUUUCUAUAUGUGUUGUUUAGGCCUAUGUGAUGUGUGAGAAAGGCUAAGAUUUCCUCUUGUAGGACAAACGUGAAUCUGAAUCGGAAUUGUUUUCACUUUCCAAUCAUAUGACCGUCAUGAUUCAAAUGCAUUGAUUUAGUUCCAUUCAAUCAAUCAAAGUUUAAUGCUGGUAUUAUUUUCUCCUUCAUGGCAUGAGGAGUGAUAGCUCAUAAACUGAAGAGAAUGUAUACGAUAAGAUUGAUUGGCUUCUUUCUCUUGUUGAUAUGUUUCACACCUUCCCAAUCCAGCCCCAAACACACAUUUGAGUUACACAAACAUGGGGACUUCAUUAACCCAAUGUGGGAUGUGAUGGGUAUAUGGUCUUCUCUAUUCGCUACAGAAAACUGUGAAGGAAUAACGUUAGGAAACAUGAAUCUCAACCUGCAGCGGUCAAAUGAUUUGGCAUAAAUGGAAGUAAGCACCAACAGCUUGAUAAAAAGUGUAAAACACACAUGUGAAAGCUUAAUUACAACAUUAGUGGGAAUAUGUCCAUGAUAAAAACAAGAGAAUGGAAUAUAAUUUGAUAAAUGAGAAAAAAGAUUAGUUGAUUUGCAGCCACCACUCGCAUGUGCAUCGCUAUUUCUAAUAUUGAUGUUGGGUGACUUUAUGCCACUCCUGGCGCAAAAAUUCAAGCAGCUCGGCUUUGGUAGAUGGCUUGUGACCAUCCAUCUUCCUCUUGAUCACGUUCCAGAAGUUUUCAAUGGGGUUCAGGUCUGGAGAUUGGGCUGGCCAUGGCAGGGUCUUGAUCUGGUGGUCCUCCAUCCACACCUUGAUUGACCUGGCUGUGUGGCAUGGCGCAUUGUCCUGCUGGAAAAAACAAUCCUCAGAGUUGGGGAACAAUGUCAGAGCAAAAGGAAGCAAGUUUUCUUCCAGGACAAGCUUGUACGUGGCUUGAUUCAUGCGUCCUUCACAAAGACAAAUCUGCCCGAUUCCAGCCUUGCUGAAGCACCCCCAGAUCAUCACUGAUCCUCCACCAAAUUUCACAGUGGGUGCGAGACACUGUGGCUUGUAGGCCUCUCCAGGUCUCCGUCUAACCAUUAGACGACCAGGUGUUGGGCAAAGCUGAAAAUUGGACUCAUCAGAGAAGAUUACCUUACUCCAGUCCUCUACGGUCCAAUCCUUAUGGUCUUUUGCAAACCUCAGCCUGGCACUUCUCUGCUUCUCAUUGAUGAAGGGCUUUUUUCUAGCUUUGCACGACUUCAGCCCUGCCCCUAGGAGCCUGUUUCGAACCGUCCUCGCUGUGCACUUCACCCCAGCUGCCGUUUGCCAUUCUUUUUGUAGGUCACUUGAUGUCAUCCUACGGUUGUUGAGUGACAUUCGAAUGAGUUGGUGGUCAUCCCGGUCAGUAGAGAGUCGUUUUCGCCCUCUGCCGGUCUGUAGUUUAGUUGUCCCCAAUGUCUGCUGCUUGACCUUGUUCUUAUGAACCACCGUCUUUGAAAUUUUAAGGACGGAAGCAACCUGACGCUCACUGUAUCCCUCUGCCAGUAAAGCCAGAAUUUAACCCUUCUUUUCCUCACUGAAAACUUUCCUUUUUAACUCUUUUGGCAUGGUCAAUAGUUAUUUUUUGAUUAAUAUUACUUUUGAGGUACUAUUAGCACUGUUUUUGCCAUCCAGCUGAUCCUAUUGCAAGAGGAUAGUGAUGACCACAGCAGUGGUUUUUAUACUUUUCCUCGUUAAAUACGAUUUGGUUCAGGUGAUCACCUAAUCAGUUCCUAAUUCAGUAGAAUGAGGUGUGCCUGUGUUGGAAUUCAACAAACACUGGAAUGGAAUGGCUGUCAUACAUGUAGAGAUGCUGAUUUAAGAAAAAUGUGCAGUGGUCUCUUAAUUUUUUCCAGAGCUGUAUAUUUAAUGUAUUACAUGAAUGGUGACCACAGCCCUUCCGAAAAUACAUCUAAAUAGUGUUUUAAUGCGAUUUAUUUCCCCACCCUGCUCCAUGUAUUCAAUGUCUUCCAUUUCAAAUUUGGCUCCCAGUGCAGCUAGUUCCUGGGGUAUUGUAUGUUCCUAGGCAGCAGUAGGAUUGGUUUGGCUUGGGGAGUUUGGCCUAGUUCUUAUCUGCUGGCAGUAAAGAUGCUGUGUAGUGAGUGGGGGAGUAGUUUGUAAGCUGUAUUGCUCCAAGCUCUAUAGGAGACAGGCAGAAGAAUUGCCUCACCAAGCUAAAAGAUGAUGCAGAAGAAAACCGCUCUAUCAAACUCAACACACUGAACCAUUUGAUCACCCCUCUUACACAGUUCAGUGGAUUAUAACACCUCUUCUUGAUCCUCCCUAAAUACUGCUUUAAUAUAUUUGAACCAGAUGUUGAAUUAGAUUUAUCAUGUUAUUCGAUAUUUCCUUAUCUUGUCCUGGGAUGUCAGUUUAGACACACAGAAAACAUUAAUACAAUAUAACAUGAACAAUAUUUACUUGGCAAAAUCUUGUUCUGUGCUGACACAUGGUACACUAUUUGUCUCAUUAUAAGACAUUAUAAAUGUUCAUACAUUCUUUAUAGUCAUUAUACCUGCUGGUUUUAAGUACCGCAUUUUAACCGAAACAAUGAAGUACCCCAUUUUAACCCAAUCCCACACUGAUUUGUUAAUGAUUUGUGUCCAAUCAUCGACCUCACAGAUACCUAGAAGGUAUUUGAUUGGUUGGUCCUGGGGUGUGUGUCUGUGAGUCAUGAAGCGUGUGCUAAUGGGGUCUUUCUCUUCCUUGUUGCUAUGCAGGUUGUGAAUUGGCUGGAGGGGCCUGGCACAGAGCAGCUCCGAACACAGUGGGGGAUCGGAGAUUCCAUCAGGGCCUCCCAGGCCCUGCAGCAGAAACACGAGGAGAUAGAGAGCCAACACAGCGUAAGGACAUAAUAACACAACACACACUACAGACACCAAACAACACAAUACAAUGCAAUACAAUACAACACGACACAGCUUGCCAACAGCAGAACUCUAUUACAUCACUCCUUGUUCAAUGUUCAUAAUCACAGACAUGAGAAGAGGUGGGGAGAUAGCUGCUAGUUCUGUGUGUGCCUCUCUUUCUUGCUUUCUCUCUCUCUGCAGUAGAAGCACUUGCCUGUGGAGAAUCUUGACAAUCCCAAUAAUUAGGUCACCGAAUAUGAAUAUGGGUUUGGAUUGUUAGGAAGAGUCUGUUAGCUGCCAGGAGAUGUACUGUACUGGAACUGGUUUUUAUAGGUCAUUACUCUCUGGGCUGAGGAGCACGGUUAAAGCAGUACAAGACCAAAAAUAUGGAAUAAAGCCAUUGAAGUAAAUAAGGUACAAUGUUUACAUCUGGAAAAAGCUUGUGUGAUUUCACUUACAAAACAGAGAGAUAGAGAGUUUGAAGCACAAAUUAGAGCUUGCCCUUAACUUUUCCUCCCUGGAUGUAGUAUUGUCCUGCCCAGAGUCGUGGACAGACAGGCCAGGCCAGGAAGUGACUGCAGCAGCAGCAGCUGCAGCUGUGGGGUGUAACUAAUGGAAGGCUAAAGCGAGAGCGAGGUCAAAGCUAAAGAUUGAUGGUUAGGCUAAAGCGAGAGAGAGCCUUGUUGUGAUGUUAUCUCCAACAGCCUUCAGCAGGUGGAGCUAUUGAUCUGAAAUGUCCAAGUGUUGUCAGGGUAAUAACUACAGCACAAAAACACAUCACUAGAGCAUUCAACUCAAUUACUGUACAGUAGGUCUGAACAGAAUUUGAACAGCUUUGAUACAGAAACAUCUUUAGUGUGUGGUUCUUCUGUGUAUUGAGCUUCUCUGUGAUAAAUUGGCUUGUAUAUCAGAAAUAGUUUUCCUGCUUUCUGGCCAAAGUCAGAGGACCACAAUGGAAAUAAGUUGUGAAACAUUGUGUUAUUCACUUGUGUGGCUGAAUUGUGUUUUUAAUUUGUGAAUCAACAAAUCAUAAUGUAUGUGUUAUUGCUUGUGUAUUUACAGGAGUGGUUUGCAGUAUACGUGGAGCUGAACCAGCAGAUAGCAGCGUUGCUGAGUUCUGGAGACGAGGAGGACCUAGUGGAGUUAAAGGGUCUUCAGCAGCAGCUCAGUGAUGUCUGUUACAGACAGGCCAGCCAACUGGAGUCCAGACAGAACGUACUGCAGUCAGCACACGAGUUCCAUGGCACCGCACAGGACGUAUGUAUCAUUUGUAUUUAUUAGGGAUCCCCAUUAGCUGCUGCCAAGGUAGCAGCAAAUCUUCCUGGGGUCCAAACAUAUUAAAGCACUUACAUUACAUAUAAAACAAAAUAUAAAACAUUACAUCAUAUGACAUUAUUACACCACUACCUAUAUACAAUACAAAAUGUUUAAUACCACCAUGCAACAAUAUCACAAUGUGUGCGUAUGCAUGUGUCUAUACUCUUGUGUGUGUCUCUUCACAGUCCCCGUUGUUCCAUAAGGUGUAUUUUUACCUGUUUUUUUCAAAUCUGAUUCUACUGCUUGCAUCAGUUACCUGAUGUGGAAUAGACUUCCAUGUAGUCAUGGCUCUAUGUAGUACUGUGUGCCUCCCAUAGUCUGUUCUGGACUUGGGGACUGUGAAGAGACCUCUGGUGGCAUGCCUUGUGGGGUAUGCAUGGAUUUCCGAGCUAUGUGAUAGUAGUUUAAACAGACAGCUCGGUACAUUCAGCUUGUCAACACCUGUUACAAAAACAAGCAGUGAUGAAGUCAAUCUCUCUUCCACUCUGAGCCAGGAGAGGCUGACAUGCAUGUCAUUAAUGUUAGCUCUCCGUGUACUUUUAAGGGCCAGCCUUGCCGCCCUGUUCUGAGCCAACUGCAAUUUUCCCAAGUUCCUCUUUGUGGAACCUGACCAAACUACUGAACAGUAGUCUAGGUGCAACAAAACUAGGGCCUGUAGGACCUGCCUUGUUGAUAGUGUUGUUAAGAAGGCAGAGCAGCGCUUAAUUAUGGACAUAUUUCUCCCCAUCUUAGCUACUGUUGUAUCAAUAUGCUUUGACCAUGACAGUCUACAAUCCAGGGUUACUCCAAGCAGUUUAGUCUCCUCAACUUGCUCAAUGUCCACAUUAUUCAUUACGAGAUGUAGUUGAGGUUUAGGGUUUAGUGAAUGAUUUGACCCAAAUACAAAGCUUUUAGUUUUUGAAAUAUUCAGGACUAACUUAUUCCUUGCCACCCAUUCCGAAACAAACUGCAACUCUUUGUUAAGUGUUGCAGUUAUUUCAGUUGCUGUAGUAGCUGACGUGUAUAGUGUUGAGUCAUCCGCAUACAUAGACACACUGACUUUACUCAAAGCCAGUGGCAUGUUGUUAGUAAAGAUGGAAAAAAACAAGGGGCCUAGACAGCUGCCCUGGGGAAUUGCUGAUUCUACCUGGAUUAUGUUUGAGAGGCUUCCAUUAAAGAACACCCUCUGUGUUCUGUUAGACAAGUAACUCUUUAUCCACAUUAUAGCAGGGGGUGUAAAGCCAUAACACAUACGUUUUUCCAGCAGCAGACAAUGAUCGAUAAUGUCAAAAGCCACACUGAAGUCUAACAAAACGAUUGAUUGAUUGAUUGAUUGAUUUGAUUCAUCUGAUCAUUACAAAACAUGUAUAAAGCCAAGAAUAAGAACUACAGUGACUCUCACUCUAAAUCACAAAGUCAAACCCUAGGCCUGGUCCCUAGGCCCUUGUGUAGAUCUUUGAGGAUUUGAUAGGUGUAAGCAAUAUGGCAACAAUCAGAGGGCAAGAUAGAGCUACAACCACCCAUAUUGCUUACACUUAUCCAGUCACCUGAUCUACAUAAGUGCCUAGGGGUGAAGGGGUGGGGGUCAUAAUAUACUGAACAAAAAUAUAAACGCAACAUGCAACAAUUUCAAAGAUUUUACAGAGUUACAGUUCAAAUAAGGAAAUCAGUCAAUUGAAAUAAAUUAAUUAGUCCCUAAUCUAUGUCUUUCACAUGACUGAGAAUACAGAUAUGCAUUCACAGAUACCUGAAUAAAAGGUAGGGGCAUGGAUCAGAAAACCAGUCAGUAUCUGGUAUGACCACCAUUUGCCUCAUGCAGGGCAACACAUCUCCUUCGCAUAGAGUUGAUCAGGCUGUUGAUUGUGGCCUGUGGAAUGUUUUCCCACUCCACUUCAAUGGCGGUGCGAAGUUGCUGGAUAUUGGUGGGAACUGGAACACACUGUCAUACACGUUGAUCCAGAGCAUACCCAAACAUGCUCAAUGGGUGACAUGUCUGGUGAGUAUGCAGGCCAUGGAAGAACUGGGAUAUUUUCAGCUUCCAGGAAUUGUGUACAGAUCCGUACAUUAUCAUGCUGAAACAUGAGGUGAUGGCGGCGGAUGUAUGGCAUGACAAUGGGCCUCAGGAUCUCGUCACGGUAUCUCUGUGCAUUCAAAUUGCCAUUGAUAAAAUGCAAUUGUGUUCGUUGUCCAUGGUUUAUGUUCGUUGUCCGUAGCUUAACCCCACCGCCACCAAGGGGCACUCUGUUCACAAUGUUGACAUCAGCAAACCACUCACCCACACGGUGCCAUCACCUGCCAUCUGCCCGGUACAGUUGGAACUGCGAUUCAUCCGUGAAGAGCACAUUUCUCCAGCGUGCCAGUGGCCAUCGAGGGUGAGCAUUUGCCCACUGAAGUCUGUUACGAUGGCGAACUGCAUUCAGGUCAAAACCCGAGGACGACGAGCACGCAGAUGAGCUUCCCUGUGCCGGUUUCUGACAGUUUGUGCAGAAAUUAUUCCGUUGUGCAAACCCACAGAUUCAUCAGCUGUCCAGGUGGCUGGUCUCAGAUGAUCCCGCAGGUGAAGAAGCCAGAUGUGGAGGACCUGGGCUGGUGUGGUUACAUGCCAGAUGUGCAUGCCAAUUGCACGCUCCCUCAAAACUUGAGACAUCUGUGGCAUUGUGUUUUAGAGUGGCCUUUUAUUGCACAUUUUAGAGUGGCCUUUUAUUGUUCCCAACACAAGGUGCACCUGUGUAAUGAUCAUGCUGUUUAAUCAGCUUCUUGAUAUGCCACACCUGAUGGAUCGAUUAUCUUGGCAAAGGAGAAAUGCUCACUAACAGGGAUGUAAACAAGUUUGUGCAAAAACAUUGAGAGAAAUAAGCUUUUUGUGCAUAUGGGACAUUUCUGGGAUCUUUUAUUUCAGCUCAUGAAACAUGGGACAAACACUUUACAUGUUGUGUUAAACAUUUUGUUCAAUGUAGUAUAGACUACUAACUGCUUGGACUAAAGCUCUUUGUUGCCUUGGUAAUAACGCCCCAGUUUACCCUCCCAGCUGUCCCAGCAACUGGAUGGUCUACUGGGCAUGCUCUGUGCAGACGUGGCGCCUGCUGACGGGGCUGCCAUCCAACAAACACUCAAACACCUCGAGGAGAAACUCAAGAGCGUCGGUAAGCACAAUUAAGUUUAUUAUUCACCGUAUUUUAUGAAACCAAGCCUACAAUGGAUAACUGCAUAGUAGAAUAAUAAGACUGAUCUUGAGAAAGGUAUUUGUGCUGAAACAUUGACAGUCUUAACUAUAUCCCCUCUUCUUGUUUUUUUUCUAAUGGAAAACUGCAAUAAUAAUAAUGUAACUUUCAGUAGUGUUAGUUGAGUAAUUCAGGAGUAUUAUUUGCUGUGUAUUUCUGCCCAGAGGGAGCCCUGGUAGGCCUGAGGGAGAAAGGUCAGGUCCUGAUGGAUCAGAUGUCCAACCAGACUUCCUGGUCCUAUGGGAAAGACGUGCCCAUCGAGAACAAAGACAACGUUGAUCACAUCCAAGGUGUCAUGGAGGACAUGCAGCUCCGGAAACAAAGGUCUGCUCAGAUUUCUUUUCAAUCUUUUUUUUGAUGAUGUAAGGCCACAUGCCUCAAGAUGAUGCUGGAGUUGUUUACAAAGGUUCCAUGAGUCAAGCAAUUUCUGUAAUAUCGUGGAAUUUUGGCCGUUGUCAUGGAACUUGUCAUGGAAACGGCUGUCGUCAUGUUUUAAGACAUUAGUAAAGUUUUGGUUCUGUGUAGAUGUGAGGAUAUGGUGGAUGUCAGGAGACUGAAGAUGCUUCAGAUGGUCCAGCUGUUCAAGUGUGAGGAAGAUGCAUCACAGGUCAGUAGAUAGGCCUCCUUCUGUUCAUCUCUGUUUGUUUGUUUGACCUCUGUUGGUUCUGGACUGUAAACUUCAGUGUGUUGUUAUUAUUGACAUGUUGUUGUUGACAUGUUGUUAUUGUUGUUGACAAUACCUUGUAAACCCCAGCUCAUGUCACUGUGUUAACUCUCAGGCGGUGGAGUGGCUGGGUGAACUCCUUGAUGCUCUUCUAAAGACCCACAUCAGACUAGGGGACGACUCACAGGAAACCAAAGUGCUGCUGGAGAAACACAAGAAGUUUGUGGAUGUUGCACAGGUACAUACUACAAGAGUAGAGUUCAGACAGCUUGAGGAAGACUGAGGGGUUCUCUCUCUCACGCUCUCGUCACUCCCUCAAUUGUUCUGUCUGCCCCCUCCUCUCUCUCUCUGUCUCUUUUCUCUUGUCUUUCAAAGAGAGAUAGAGGGGGAAGGGGAGAGUGGGGUAAGUUGAGCCACCCUUGUGACUAGGAAACCAUACACAAAGUUAAUAAUUUGACCAAAUAUUUAGGAAGAGGUAAUAAUUUCAUGAAGUCUGUGAAGGAAGAAACCACAUGGAAAAAGUGGGAAGCAAGUUAGGUCCAAAAUAUGGAUUUUCACCAAGUCAAAUGUAUUGUGUUAGAGGUUUCAUGAUGCUUGUAUCUAAACCGAAGUAGAUAUUUGUAAGAUUGUUUAUAUAUCAGUUGGGGUCUCUAUAAGCUUCAGUAUGCGGCCCUAAACCUAGCAUAAAAGUGCAUCGUAGCUGUGUGGGUGGGCUAAUAUAGUCAAAACGUUUGCCUUGGGGUAAGUUGAGCCAAUUGCAUUAUCGCUGGGAUAUGAGGUAACAACAGGGCCUGGCCUAUGUUAAAAGUAUUUUAAAAAGUACAACGUUUUUGUUAGGUGUUAAGCCUGUUUUAAAAUAUGCUUAAAGUGAUUAAAAGAUAAAAAGCGAUUUGUGAUUGUGUUGAAUUGUGUUUGGGAAAUAAAGAUAGACAUGGUUUUAAAAAGGUAGUGGUAGUAUUUCAUUCAGUAAAGAAAUUGGUAGGCGGCUUAACUUACCCUGUCCCGCAUGACAAGAUACCACUUUUUUUGGACAAGCUAUGUUUUCAGAACUGUAAUGCUCGAUUCGGUCUUAUGUAGCAAAAUUUGAAAUAGUAUUUUUUACAUUGGAUAAAAGUAGAGACUCAAGAGCUAGAAAAUAGUAUAUCAUACACUACAGUUGAGGAACAAUGGGAAAGUAAUUCUGCUUUGAAAGUUGAUAAACUUGUAACCUCACUUUUGAGAAAAUGGCCCUUGAAUGUUUUGGUACCUACUGGAGCGCUCUUCUUUGUCUACACCCAUUCAGUAUUGUUCACACCCUCUUAAGCUUUAGCCCCACCCAUGUCUUUAAUGAUUCACAUGUGAGGCUAUGUACUAAACAAGCAAAGAUUUCAAGACUAAAGGCUGGUUUAUACUACGGGUGUGUUCGUAAAUUUUAUCUGGAGUGCCAGGGUGUGCUCUGGGCGUUCAAAAAGUCAGAGCGUUGUCAGAUUGUCCGUUUGUAAAUUCAGAACGUUUCGCUCUUGGUGCGUUCAGAGUGCACACUGGAUGUUCUGGCCGAGGAGUAGGGUUGUUACGAGCGUUCUGACCUAACAACAGCAGUCAAGCACCGAAGCUAACUGGCUAAUGUUGGCUAGCUUGCUAGCUACUUCCAAGAACAAAUGAGAAAACAGCUCACUGACCAUUUUACUCGCCCUAGCAGAGCUGGUUAGGCUGUUUUUAUGUUAUCCAGAGCGUUGGUGACUGCAAUUGUGCUGCUGGCAACAAUUUACUUCGCUUUUUUGCCAACGUUUACUGACACCGGCCAUAUUCAACGGGUGUUGAGCGUUCGUAAAUUCGUCAGUCAUUCUGCGCUCUGGCACACUCAGACGAGAGUGCUCUGAAAUCAGAGUAGAUAGCCAGAGCGAAUUUACCAGCUACGUCUAUCGACAGUUGUCGCAAUGACAUCAUAAACAUUCUAUUGAAAUAGUUACUUGCAUAGUGGAGUAUUUUGUUUAAACAUGUAGCUAGCUAGCUAGCUAAACAAUGAACCAUAAUCCCAACUCAUAACGUUACUACCCUUGAAUGUGCAGGUAGCUAACCACCCAGGUUCAAUGUUAGCUAGCUAAUAUUAGGCUAUAACUAGCAAUGCAAAUGCCUCUGAGAUACGAAUAAUAUUACUACACAUAUCAUACACGUAACAUUAGCUAGCUAGCCAGCCAGCUAACGUUAGCUAGCUAGCUAACAGUACACUUUAACUUGAAAUGAAAACGACUUUCUGACAAAAUUAGAAACGUGUAAUAUAUGAAAAUGUGGCUAGCUAGACUAUCUUACCCAUAUACAUGGAUGGACGCUUGUCCCUCUCUGUCACGGAUGCCAUGGUUGCCAUUAGUUUGAAGAUGUAAUCUGGAGACAGGUGUUUUAUACAACAGCCUUCUGUGUUCUCUUUUCCACUUCGUCUGCAUAUUUGCAAUCAAACGCCAGCAUUUUCUCCAUCUCCUUAGCUAUCAUACUCUAAUUCUACUGAUUUCAAAACUCGGUCCUCCAGAAAAUAGAGAGCAACACUUAUGCAGUUCUACUACGUGAUAUCUUUCAAAAAAUCUGUGUUAGAAAGGAUUACCUACACAUACUGACCAGCUCAUGUUAUAGACAGAAGCGAGCUACAUGGCAGACCAAUCCGAACUCAUCUCUCGGCAUGUCCAGCCCACUCAUUAUCUCAGCCAAUCAUGGCUAGCGGGAAGGUUGCUGUCUUUUUCCGUGGCUAAACCAACAAGGCUCCUAAUUUAACUAUUUUGUUCGUAUUUACAGAUGGCAUAGAAGUUUGUUAUUAAGGCACAUGAAAGUUCAUAUGUUCCAGAAGGCAUUUCUGCCAAAAAAACGCAUUUUGAUCAACAACAAAAAAGUGUACGUUCAAAUGGCGCUCCUGUAGUGACGUGCGACAUACGCCUAGUUUCCUGAAACUAGUCACAUAUGAUUAUUUCCAAGGAUACACAACAUCCUGAAAUAUAUGUAAUUUCUUUGUUAGAAAGAGUACUAACUUAUAUUUCCCAUGACGCAGUGAUGCUGAAUGUAAAAAAUGGCUCAACUUACCCCACUGUCCCCUACAGGGUACUAGCUAUAUUGUUAACCUGGCUCUCUCUCUCUUUCUCUGUGUCCAGAGCACCUAUGACUACGGCCGUCAGCUGCUCCAGGCGACGGUGGUGUUGUGUCAGUCUCUACGGUGCUCCACACGCUCCUCUGGUGACACCCUGCCACGCCUCAACCGGGUCUGGAAACAGUUCACUGUCACCACUGAGGAGAGGGUCCAUCGGCUGGAGAUGGCCUGCUCCUUCCACACCGCAGCUGAGAAGGUAGGAAGAGAAUGACAGUUAUUAAAAUGAAACCUAAUAUUAUCAGGAAGAUGUUAAUGUAUUACUGAAGUACCUUUGUGACAGCCAAAGAAUACACCUUCUUCUUAGCAAACAUUGCCAAGGUUUUGUCUUCUUUGUGCUUCUGACUUCUACUCAGUGAGCCCUGUUGCUUGGAAGUGUUGAGUUAUUGUGAUAUGCAUGUAUGCCACUUAACAGAUACUUAUCUAAAGUGACUAACAGUACAGUGAGUACAUACUUUUUUGUUGAUGGUCCUCCUCUGUUUCCAUUCCCUCCUGUCUCCUCCAUCCCAGGUGCUGGUCCAAGCCAGCCCAGACCUGGGUGAUCUCCCAGUUGAGGUGGAGCAGGAGACCUAUGAGGAGGUGGAGACUGUGGGGAAGGCUCUACUGGACAGACUCACUGUCCCUGUUAUAUUCCCAGACGGGUAAGAAACAAUGGACAUUUCACACUGAGACAUGCAUGGCUUUACCAAGAUGCAAGAUCUAAUGAUGCAUGCCAUUUUGAUCAUGGACUGUCAAUCCUUGCAUCCAUAGCCUCAUCUAUGACCCUGCUGAGUCCUUCUGUCCCCUUUGUUCCCCCUUCAGGAGCGAGCAGUACUUUGGCAGUCCUGGAGACAUGGCGUCCUCUGCUGAACACAUCCGGGACAAGAUGAAGCUGGUGGAGGACAGGAAACUGACUCUGCACGAGGAAGAUGAAGAGGAAGAAGACAUCGAGCAGCUACAGUAUGAGCAGAUACAUGACCAGGACGAAGAACUACAAGAUGAUGAAGAACUACAAGACGACCAGGAACUACAUGAUGAAGAACUACAGGAAGUGGAUAAUGAACUACAAGAUGGGGAGGAACUAGAACUGGAGAAUGAGACGGACACUUAUGAAUGCUAA